CUCAGCCAAUCAAGUCGCCACACGAGUGUUGGUGAAGCUAUAAACGCUUCCUCAUCAUUUGUUGCCACUGCUUGCCACGUUUGACUUUUUUCUCAGUCUAGAGGAUUAUCGUUUAGUCAAGUUCAGUGUCAGGUGUAGCAAACAUAAAUCGCCGGCAUUCAGAUUUAAUAUUAGUAUAAUCCUCCAAUAUGUAUAUUAAACUAAUAUUUCUGACAUACCUGUUCACAGUAGCAUUUACCGAUGAUAUUAAGAGAGAAAAUCAUGUAUUAGUUUUGACUAAAGAUAAUUUUGAAGGUGCCGUUAAAGAUAAAAAUGUCCUAGUCGAAUUUUAUGCUCCAUGGUGUGGACAUUGCAAGGCUCUUGAGCCUGAGUAUGCUAAAGCAGCAGAGAGCCUGAGUAAAGAGGGCUCAGAAUUGCUCUUAGCUAAAGUGGAUGCUACAGCUGAAACUGAACUAGCUGAACAACAUGGUGUCCGUGGAUACCCAACUAUCAAGUUCUUCAGGGAAGGAAAAGUUAUGGAAUACAGUGGUGGCCGAACUGCCGAUGACAUCAUUCGCUGGCUCAAAAAGAAAACUGGACCUCCUGCUACAGAAUUAACUGCUGAAACUGCUAAGUCAUUUGUUGAAGGUCAAGAGGUUGUAGUCGUUGGUUUCUUCAAAGAUCAAGACAGUGCCGACGCUAAAGUGUUCAAGAGCGUUGCUUCCGAAAUGGACGACUUCAACUUCGGUAUCACGUCAGAUGAUGCAGUCUAUACCGAACUGAAGGCAUCUAAAGAUGGUGUUACCUUGUUCAAGAAGUUCGAUGAAGGUAGGAAUGACUUUGAGGAGGAAUACACUGAAGAGGCUCUGAAAAAAUUCUUGAAGUCUAACAGUCUUCCACUUGUUGUUGAAUUCAAUCACGAGACUGCCCAAAAAAUAUUUGGUGGAGAUAUCAAAGCACACAAUCUAUUGUUUAUUAGCAAAAGCAGCUCUGACUACGAGAGCAAGUUGACAACUUUCCGUAAAAUUGCAAAGGAAUUUAAAGGAAAAGUACUUUUCGUCACCAUUGAUAUCGACGAAGACGAUCACGAACGAAUCAUCGAGUUCUUUGGCCUGAAGAAAGAAGAAGCACCUACUAUGAGAUUGAUCAAACUUGAAGAAGAAAUGUCUAAAUUCAAACCUGAGACAGCAGGAAUUGACGAGAGUGAUAUUAGAGACUUUGUUAAUGGUGUUAUGGAUGGUAAAAUCAAACAACAUCUACUCUCUGAAGACGUUCCUGAAGGAUGGGAUAAGGAACCUGUAAAGGUGUUGGUCGGAAAGAAUUUCAAUGAAGUGGCAUUUGAUAAAUCCAAGAAUGUUCUUGUUGAAUUUUAUGCACCAUGGUGCGGACACUGUAAGCAGUUGGCUCCUAUCUAUGAUGAACUUGGUGAGAAAUACAAGGACAAUCCCAGUGUUGUCAUUGCAAAAAUGGACGCCACUGCCAAUGAACUGGAGCACACUAAAAUCAAUAGCUUCCCCACAAUUAAACUCUACAAAAAAGAUACUAAUGAAGUUGUAGAUUUCAAUGGAGAACGCACACUAGAGGGCAUUAGAAGGUUUAUUGAAUCAGAUGGUGUGGAUGGGGCAGCUGUUAAAGAAGAGAUCAAAAAGCCGAAGGAGGAAGAUGAAGAGGAAGAAAAAGAUGAUGAACAGGCCAAACGUGAUGAGCUGUAAUUGUCAUCACACACUUAA